UCCAGCAAAGCGGCGAACUCACAGAUCGAGAGGCUCCGUCCGACCAUCUCAAAGAAAGAAUCGCGUCCUCCUCGGCUCUUCCAGAAUGUUCCCCUCCACCUCCGCCACCGCGCCCCGCUUCCUCCGCCCCUUCACCGCCACCGCGCCCCGCCGCGGCAUGGCGGCGUCCGCGGCCGUCCCGUCCGGCCCUCCGCCGCCGCCGUCCCCGGCCCCCAAGGCGGUGCGCGUGGUGGUGAAGGGCCGCGUGCAGGGGGUCUUCUUCCGGGACUGGACCGUGGAGACGGCGCGCUCGCUGGGGCUCGCCGGCUGGGUCCGCAACCGCCGCGACGGCACCGUGGAGGCGCUCCUCUCCGGGGACCCGGACAAGGUCGACGAGAUGGUGUCCCGGCGGAUCCCCGUGGGCCCGCCCGCCGCCGCCGUCACCGCCGUCGUGCCCUCACCCGCCGACCCGGUCGACCCCGCCGAGGGGUUCCGACGCAAGCCCACCGCCUGAUUGGUGGCCGGUUUCCUCCGCGGUCUCGUGCGGCGUGGUUCCUCGGCGAUCGCUGCUCUGAAGUCUGAAGAACAUUUCCUGAUAUUUUUCAGUUCCAAAUUUUAGAUUGGAUCAGAUUGUUGGGAUUGCGACGCCCAACUCCGAUGAACGUAGGAGCAGUAGUUAUAAGAGUUGUCAGCAGGACAAGGAUUGUGAUUACUUGAUUCACAGUCUGCCCUUUGGCCUUUUGGUGUCGAUGACAACUACACUUUCUGUAACACUCUGCUUGUCUGUCACAAACUUGGUUGAAAAAUGGUCGAAUGCAUAAUACUAGUUGUACUGAUA